AAAAUAAUUCAAAAAAUAAGAAUAAUUCAAUUUAUUUGUUGUUGGGAAAAUAGGAAAACAUGUCAAAAUUGUGCACUAUUUUUGUUGUGGCAUUUCUUCUUUGCUUCAAUACUCUCACAUUUGCUGUUCGUCCUGAUUCUUUUUCUGUGCUCGACCCCAAGAUUCAGGUUGCAAGUGAAGGGAAAGUUGAAAUUAAAGAAGCAAAAUGUGAAGGAGUGGAGGAAGAAGAGUGUUUGAAGAGGAGGACACUGGCUGCUCAUCUUGAUUAUAUUUAUACUCAAACUAUUAAUAACAAUCACCCAUGAAUUAAUUAAGAACUUUUUAUGUGUUUUAAAUUUUUAAUCCCCUUUUAAUUA